AUGGACUUCCUCCGUCCUUUGUCGCUAGUCCUUGCAGUCAUUCUCUCGCUUGUCGCCGCACACCCCGGUCAUGACCCGCAUCAUGGUGCAGACCAUUUUGACGCGCCAGGACGUGAAAGGGGAGCUCCCUUUGCGGGAAUUGAGCCACUGUCGACGCCUGCCGGGUCGACAGUCGUGACGAGCACCAGAACAUCAUCCGGGUCAACAACCAGGCAACCAACAGGGCCUACCACAUACAUCUCUCUCGGUACCAGCUCGAUCGGACCGAUCCCUGUUACCAUCAUUCCUGUGCCGAUUGCAACCAUAUGCUCGCGUGCUAUGAAUAUGAACCCUGUCGUCUCAGAUUCCCUUCGUAGCUCUUCUUCCGCUCUACUCGACUCGGAUAUCGAACCAAGGCUGCCAGCUGCGGCUACGGCGCUGUUAAGGUUGAACUCUACCGGAGGGAGCCAGAUGUCCGCUCCAAUUCCCACUUUCACAGCCUAUGAUGGCCGAGGUUGCUCCACACUUUAUACCCGAACCUCCUCUGCCAUAUGCUCAACCGUUCUUUCGGGAUUUGGCUCUAUCCCAGCUCCGGUAACGGAUUGCGAACAAUCUGUCACGUUCUCAACCUCGACGGGAAGUGUGCCAAUGCCGACCACAGCGACUACCAAUAACUCUACACAGCAGAGUGACGCAACGGGAUCACGACUGGCGUAUUUCGUCGCGGCUUGGUACGAUCUCACCGACGGACAGGUGCCAACUAGAGUGCUGGUCAGAGACUGUAUACAUGAGAAGAGUGGAGAGGCCUGCAAUACGGCGGCGGAGUCAUGGAGCGUGGUCAAUCAGACGACUUCUGUAGAGAUUACAAAAAGUUUAGCUUUCGAAGGACCGGUCACUGGACCAGCAUUAGUGAGCCUUGGGGGAGGCCUCUUUACCACACACGUGCCGGCGUCUACCACGGCUGUGCUAUCCAUUCAUACCAACAUCACAACCGCCACCCCAACGGUCGUUCCAUCCCUGUCAAGAUCGGUCAUUGGAGGCAGUAUACCUCCUUUCAUUGGUCUGACUUCCACAGCGGCGGGCGCGUUGGCCGCUACUCACACCGUCGUGCUCGAGGCAGUGUCCCAUACCACAGUGACAGUAUUCCAGACUCUUACCAGCACCAUCAGGCACGCAAUGACAGCCAAACGGAAUACGGCGGUCUCUGGGCAAAGUAGCUAG